GGCCCCAGUGUGCCCUCAUUCCAGUCUCCUCCAGGGCCAAUGAAGCCUCCUCCAGUACUACCUCCUCCAGGGCCCCAUGUACCCUCUCCCGGUACCAGUCUCCUCCAGGGCCCCAGUGCCUCUCCCGGUACUAUCUCCGAACUGGUGCCUCUCAGUACUACCCCUCCUCCAGGGCCCCAGUGCCCUCUCCGGUACAGCCUUCUCCAGGGAGACUGAUGUGCCCUCUCAUACCAGUCUCCUCCAGGCCCCCAGUGCCUCGUACUACCUCCUCCAGGGCCCCAGUGUGCCCUCCUCCCGGUGACAGCCUUCUCACUCAGUGCCUCUCAGAGUCCUCAGGCCCCAGUGAACCCCUCCUACUACCUCCUCCAAGGGCCCCAGUGAACCCUCUCCCGGUACUACCUUCUAGUGAGCCUCUCACUGCCUCUCCCAGGUGCCUCCAAGUGUACCCUCCGAGACUGGUGUGCCUCAGUGACUCCUCAUCCAGUGAGACCUCCUCCGUGCAGUCUCCUCGAGCCUGA